CCUCAGGGUUACUCUCACUUUUAUUUUGGCUUCGGCGUGCAGUGACUCACUGCAGGGACGUCGGGGCAUGUUCAGAGACGAGAUAACAAACGUCCCAACCGGGAAAGAAAGAUUCAGAAGUCAGAAAGUGUGGGGGCGAUGCACAUGAUGAACGUAGUCAAUGUAGUGAAAGAGCGCACAUCUCGGUGGGCGUUUUCGCGUUACUUCUUCAAAAAAGACGCUCUCCAAUGGAAAGCAACGUAAAUGAAGAUCUCAUGUUGUCACAGGGCAUGGAUUUAAGAGUGCUUGUAGUAGUGUUCAGCAUGGUUGCCUCUGAACUGUCUCACGUUCACACUAGACCAAUUGACUUUGUGUGUGACAGCGAGGCCAGAAGAAUGAUGAACAAGGUGAAGGACUUACAAGUGGAAAUGGUAGUCUGCAGUGCUGUAGAUGCUCUGCCGUCUGAUAUUAAAUUACCAUGCAUCAGAAUUCACAAAGCAACCUGGGAGAGAAAAUCAGUGCACGAGCAGAGGGCUGAGAUCCUGCUGUCUUUGGGGACUCUUGCGCAGGAUGUGCGGUCUGCCAGGACACUCAGCCAACCUGGCUGUGGACUCACUCUGCUGGAGCGCUUGGAGCACAGUAUAAACAACUACUUGCAUGUAGUAAGACUACUCCACAUUGAGCAGGGGGAGCAGGUAGGGCCCCAGGCAGAGCUCUGUCUGGCUCAGCCCUCUAAGGAUUUGGGUUUGGUGUUGAAGCACUUUGGGCUUUUGCUAUCUGGCAAGCUGGAGUGGCUUAUUGCAGAGCUGGCAAAGGGGUGCUAGACUGAAAAAAAAACCUGACUUCUAAUCUCGGCUUUUCUUCAACCUUGUAUAAUGGGACCAGACAGGCCCAAUCAAUUUUAACAAUGGUCCACCUUCAAGACAAUAGAGGGCCAUGCACUUUGCCAGUGAUCAGAGACUUACAGAGGAGAAAGUACAUGAUGCAUAAACGACAACACUGUGCCAUCUACUGGAUUGUAGCUGAACUGACCUGUUGAGAUGCACCCACUGAACUUUUAAAACAAACUGUUCUGAACUGAAAAGAGUUUCUGGUGAGUGCCAAAUGUUAUUUUAUAUCACAGAUUAUAUUUAUUUAUUUCAUAGCCUGCAUGAAGGUUGAAUAGGUGUGAUAGCACAUGGAAGAUAACUGCGACAGAAUGUGUGACAGUGCGGAGGUAGUGCAGUGCACACACAGGAAAGGUCACUUUAUUUAUACACUCCAGGUUACAAUUAUGGAAUAUCUGUGUAUAUAAUAUAUUUUGUAUGAACAUGGUAUUUACAAUAUUGUGUAAAAUAAAAAAUAAAAACAAUUUAAUUUU